ACUGAAAUGCACCGUCUACUCCAUCCCACCAAAAUGAACGGCCUGCUCGGAGUGAUGGUCGUGGCCGGACUGCUGGCCGGAGCACUGCUGGAGCCGGCAGCUGGCCAGAACUGUGGCUGCGCCGCCGACCUGUGCUGCAGCCAGUACGGGUACUGCGGCACUGGCGAGGACUACUGCGGGAAGGGGUGUCAGGAGGGGCCUUGCACUGGUCAGUCGCCGCCUAGCGCCGGCAACGGCGUGAGUGUGUCGGACAUCGUGACGCAGGCAUUCUUUGACGGGAUAAUCGGGCAGGCGGCCGGGAGUUGCGCCGGAAAAAGCUUCUACAGCCGAGCAACGUUCCUUGAGGCGACGGAUUCGUACGGUCUGUUUGGUAGGGAGGGAUCUGUGGAUGAUUCGAAGCGUGAGAUUGCCGCCUUCUUCGCUCAUGUCACCCAUGAAACCGGACAUUUCUGCUAUAUAGAGGAGAUCGAUGGCGCCUCAAAGGACUACUGCGACGAGACCAACACCCAGUAUCCUUGCGUCGCCGGAAAGGGCUACUACGGCCGAGGCCCCAUCCAGCUCUCCUGGAACUUCAACUACGGCCCCGCCGGAAACAGCAUCGGAUUCGACGGCCUCAACAACCCCGACCUCGUCGCCAACGAUCCCCUGAUCUCCUUCAAGACGGCCCUCUGGUUCUGGAUGAACAACUGCCACUCCGCCAUUGUUUCCGGCAAAGGCUUCGGCGAGACCAUCCGAGCCAUCAACGGCGCCCUCGAGUGCGACGGCGCAAACCCGGACACUGUCAACGCUCGCGUCGGCUAUUUCAAGGAUUACUGCAACCAACUCGGCGUAGAUCCGGGCGCUAAUCUUUACUGCUAGGGUUUAGGGUUUACAAUUUAUUAUAUACACACAUGCAUAAUAUUUUAUUAUUAUUAUCAUAAAAUUAUACCAAUAAAAUAAAUAUUUAAAAUAA